GCAAUUGCGGAUUAUGUUGGUGUACAUAUAUCUAUUAUUUGGUGAUCAUAGUUAGUCUAUUUACAUUAGUAAUUGGAGACGAGCGGACUAGCUGGAACAGCUUCUCUGUCUGUGUGUGUGCUUGUACAGUUUGUGAGGAUCUUGACGAAUGGCUUCCAAGGCCCUCGUUGUCGGUAGCGGUGCCGUCGGUCUACGGACGGCGUUGGAACUCGUCCGGCGCAAUGUCUCCGUGGUCUUGAGAGCUCCGUGUUCUCCCCUCGAUCCUUCCAAUACAUCCCAAGGAGCAGGAGGUCUCUGGAUGCCCUUUCAUUGCGAUGAUCCCCGCACCUUCCGCUGGGCCCAAGAAACCUUAAACGAACUCUUACCAAUGGCAACUCGGCAGCAAGCCUCGCCACAUCAUCAAGAGAGUGAGAGAGGUUUAGUCGAGGUCGUCCCAGCCGUCUAUUUGAUGCGCAAUCACGGCGGACCCACCGUGGAACACUUUAUUGAUCAUUCGUACGAACCAAGACGUGGGCAGUCAACGGAAACACUCGCAUUGCCCGGGUGGACCAAAGACCCGCGUCUUGAGUUCCAACAUCUGACGGUGGAGAUGCUGUCCUGGCAAAAUAUCAUCAAUCGACUAAAAAUCCCGCCGGAAGAGGAACUCAAACAGGCUGGCUAUCUGUAUGCCUGGUUCUUUAAACCGCCGAUUGUCAAUACCUCGGCAAUGCUCACGCACAUGCUCAACGAAUUGAAAGAAGCCGGGGCUGAUGUGAACGUCGAAAGUGGACACUACUACAGUUCAUUGGAUGAGAUGCGCAACGAAGCCGCACAGCUCGACUGUGACUGUAUUGUCAAUGCAACGGGCCUUGGUGCCAAAGAGAUACUGCACGAUGACAAAAUGGUCGGUGCCCGCGGUACGUUGUUGCACUAUGAUCGCGAGGAUUGCCCGCGUCGUGAUGUGGUUCGAGACGGACCGUAUGGAAUCAAUGGCACCGACGCCGUCAUUAUGACAGAAGAAGCACCCUGGGGUAGUGAUACAUUGCCGUGCUACUUGAUUCCGCGAGGUAAAUCAAUCGUCGUCGGUGGAUCGUAUUUGGAGGAAGAUAAGGAACCGUCGAUUCGGAAUUGCAUAGUUACGGGUAUGGCGGGAGCGGUUGGACGGUAA